AUGAACAACACUAAUAAAAAACCGAAAUCGGGAAGACCAGAAGAUGAGGAGGCAAAGCUUAGACAAAGGAUCCGAGACAUUUUGGAUGGAAAAUUCGUUACUCUAUUAAUGGCUAGCGUAACCCUUUGGGCUUUAUUUGGAGAUGACAUAAGGCUUCUAUCCACAGACAAAAGUGCAGACGACUAUUUCUUUGCCUCCUAUGUAAUCAUGCUUUUCUUAUUUAUCUUAGAUAUUUUUUUCAACAGUUUAGUAGUGGAUGAGUAUAAAUACUCCUUUUUCUUCUGGCUUGACGUAAUUGCAGCGAUUUCGCUAAUUCCUGACAUUCCAUGAAUGUUUGACUACAUAACUACAAUUUUUGGUGGACUUCCUUAUACAGCUAAUGUCACAGUCAAUACAACAGGCCAAAGCCAAUCAGCUCAGUCCAUAGCCAAAAAGGUUCUUAAAUCAUUCAGACUUAUUCGAUUGGUUCGUAUUGUAAAGCUUUAUAAAUAUGUAACCAAACGAGACACUGAAGAGCAAGAGCAGCGACUUAAAGAAGCUCAAAAACUAGCCAAAACUGCAAGACAAGCUGCUAUGAACAGAGAAAUGGACCCUACAAGGCUCGGAAAAAUCCUUUCGGACACUACUACAAGAAGAGUGAUCAUUGUUGUCCUUCUCAUGGUCAUCUUCAUACCUAUCAUGCAAUCUACAGAAAGUGACAAUGCCCCUACAUAUGGUCUCCAGCAGCUUUUCUGGAUGGGAAGGAGCGCUUGCUUACUUACUUAGUUACAUAGUUUUUAAGGUGUCUAGUGCCCACACCCCUUAAUAAAAAAGGGUCAAAGCGACAACUAGUGACGUCACCAAGCCAUCUUGGAAUAUGUGGUCAGCCCACACCCAAGCCUUCUAUAAGGCUAGUCGCCAGAUAAAUCGCCGCACAUCUCACCCGGGCGCGUUGCCGUCGCUCGUCCAGACUCAGCUCCUGCGCGUGUUCCGCCUAAGGGUCAUCCUCCCGUGGGGACGUGCUGAGAGGUAAAACUCCGAAAUCUUGAGUGCACUGAGGAGUCGUGCCUUUGGUUAUCCCCAAAGUUUAAACGACUAUUGCUGUGCAGAAGUUCUCGAGAGAAAACCCAACCCCAUAAAUAAAAUGGCAUUCGGUUCGAGAGAAAUUGGCUCUGCCAAUUUUCUCUCCCUCAUGGAAUUUUAUUUAUGGGAAGGAGCGCUUGCACAAGCUCUGACCAAUUUGAAUGCAGCGACCCCAACAAAAUCCACUGGGAGACCAACUUCGGAUGGUAUGAGCUUGUGUACCGCUAUACCUUAUGUACUGAAGAAACUGACGGAGACAGUGCCCAAUAUCCUCUGCUAUGGAUGUAUUUACCUGACUAUUUCGAAAACGGCGAAAUCCAUGAAAUAACUAGCAUUAAAAAAAGUGACUUGUCAGGAAUCGCAUGAAACCAAAGUGAAAACUGUUCAGGAAAAUCUGUAGGUUCUGAUUGCCAUUUGCGAGAUGUUGAAAUGCUGCUUGCUGUUUAUACGCCUGAUGAAUGCACUGACGGUGAUGUUGCAGGGUGUAAAAAUCUUCAAGCUUACGCAAGGUUCAAUAUCAAAAGUCAGAGUGAGAACGAGGCCCUAAUGAACGUUUUUACAACAAUUUUUGUAGGGAUUAUUCUAGCUGUUGCUGCUGUAGCAUUUACUGCUGAUACUCAAACCAUUUUAAUUGUUCCAAUUACAAAGAUGGUCUUGAUUAUUAAAUCUUUAGCUGACGACCCUUUAAAAAAGAUCGAAAAAGAAGAAAAGACUGAAGAUUCUGAUAUAAGAAAAGAAGAGACCACAUAUGUACUUGAAGAAACUGUAGCUAAAAUAAGCUCCCUAUUACAAUUGUCAUUUGGCGAAGACGGCGCUGAUAUUUUAAGCAAAAAUAUGAUGAGCGGCGAAGGAGAACUUAAUUUAAUGCGCCCUGGGAAUAAAGUUUCAAUCGUAAUUCAAAUAAUAAACGUAGAAAACUUCACAACUAUUUCAGAGUGUCUCCAAGAAGAAUCUCCUAUCUUUAUCAAUAAACUUAGCAAUAUUAUCCAUGCUUGUUGCAAAGAAUGGGGCGGAUUGGUAUCAAAAAAUAUCCAAGGCUCAUUUUUACUUGUAUGGAGACUUCCAGAAGUAACUGACAAAGAUACUGAUGAAGACGACUUAACGAAUCCUGCGAUGCAGAGAACUGACAUUGCAAACCGUUCAUUGGUGUCAGCUAUUAAAACUCUUGCAGAAAUAAGGAGAGCUAGCGACAUCCAAGCUUAUAAAGUUCAUCCACGGAUAAUCUCAAGAUUUGGCCCUACAUAUUCUACAGAUAUCACAAUAGGCAUCCACAUUGGCUGGUCUAUUGAAGGAGUCAUCGGCUCUGAAUCCAAAAUAGACCCAGCCUACUUAUCACCUCAUAUCUCAGUUGGCUAUAACCUUGUUGAAGCCAGAAAAGAGUAUGGCAGCACAGUCCUUAUGAGUGAGGAUUUCUAUGGGUACCUAUCAGUUAAAGCAAAAACUUGUUGUAGAAGGAUUGAUACUGUAUAUGUAAAUUACCUGCCUAAUACAUUUGGGCUCUACUCCUUUGAUAUCACUGAAAAAGAGCUUCCAGUCCCAGAAACCCACCAACUUGGAAAAUUAAUAAAACUCCAAAAGCUUGACUCGGUGAACGUCGAAAGCUUCCAGCAUAAAGGUGUCGACUACAUGUUUACACUAGACUCAGACAUUGUAGGGAUGCAGCAAGAUAUCCCACAGCAUUUCUUUGACUCCUUCAGACAUGCCUAUGUCGACUAUAUCUCAGGACAAUGGGAGGAAGCCAAAGAAUUUUUGGAAAAGGCUCUUUCGUAUUUGCAUGAAGAUGGCCCUGCGCUUUCGAUAAAGAAAUUUAUUGAGGAGAAAGGGAAGCCAGCUGAGGAUUGGCCGAAAUCAAGAGAAUUAUAA